AGGACCUGGCCAUGGCUGGGCUCCUGGGGACCUCCCUCUGCGGGGCCCUGCUGGGCUUCCUGUGCAUGAGUGCCCCUGCGCUAGCCGUGGAGGUGAAGGUGCCCGCUGAGCCCCUGAGCGCGCCGGUGGGCUCCUGCACUUACAGCACGUCGGUGGGAGACAACUUCGCCCUUGAGUGCUUUGUGCCUCCUGGGAAGCCCAUCUCCGCGUCCCAUCCCAUACUGUACUUCACCAGUGGCCAUCUGUAUCCAACUGGUUCUAAGGCAGACAGGGCCAGCCUGCUUCAGAAUCCCCCCACAGGAGGGGUGGCCACCCUGAAACUGACUGAUGUCCACCACUCAGAUACUGGAACCUACCUCUGCCAACAAGUUAACAACCCCCCAGAUUUCUACAGCAAUGGGUUGGGGCUAAUCAACCUUACUGUGCUGGUGCCCCCCAGCAGCCCCUUGUGCAGUCAGAGUGGUCAAACGUCUGUGGGAAGCUCUGCUGCACUGAGAUGCAGCUCUUCCGAGGGAGCCCCCAGGCCAGUGUACCACUGGGUCCACCUCGGAUCUUCCCCUACACCUUCUCCAGGCAGCAUGGUGCAAGAUGAUGUAUCUGGCCAGCUCAUUCUCACCAAUCUCUCCCUGACGUCCUCGGGCACCUACCGCUGUGUGGCCACCAAUCAGAUGGGCAGUGCAUCCUGUGAGCUGACCCUCUCUGUGACGGACCCUUCCAAAGGCCGAGUGGCCGGGGCUGUGAUCGGGGUGCUCCUGGGUGUGCUGUUCCUGUCAGUCGCUGCUUUCUGCCUGUUAAGAUUCCAGAAAGAGAGAAGGAAGAGGCCCAAGGAGACGUACGGGGGUAGUGAGCUUCGGGAGGAUGCAAUCGCUCCUGGGAUGUCUGAGCAAACUUCUGUGAGGGCUGAUUAUAGCAAUGGGCUCCUGGAGAGGCCCCACUCUGCCAGCAGUGUGACGACCACCAAGUCCAAGAUCCCUAUGGUUGUCUGAUUUCUCUCCCGAACCCUGAGGGGUAAUAUCGAAAAUUAAAGCCUUUGGGUACCA